CCUUACUUCCGGUUUAUGCCAUCAUGAUUUCAUUUUCAAAAUGUAGUAUGAAAUUUGAAAAUUCCCACAUUUUCACAUAAAAUAUAGACUGUAGUAUGGUAUACAUACUUAUACAGAGAUGAAUCCAGUACAAGUAACUACUAAUUUACCAGGACAGCCUUCAAAUGUUCAGUAUCACAACACAACUCACCAGCAAGGACAGUUAGUGACUGGUAGUAGUUCUAUACCAGUCGGUGUGACAUCUUCAGCUCCUACACCAGUAAUGACCUUAGGUCAGCCAGGUCUGGCAAUAAGACAGCCUAUAGCUUCCUCAGUUCAGACAAGUAUGGGUGUACAAGACACUAAAGUAUUAGAUAAAAGAAGAUUACAGGAGCUUGUUAAGGAGGUGGAUCCAAUGGAACAGCUCGAUGAUGAUGUAGAAGAGGUGUUAAUGCAUAUAGCUGAUGAUUUUAUAGAAAAUGUAGUAAGUGCAGCAUGUAAGAUAGCCAAACACAGAAAAUCUAAUACAUUAGAGGUUAAAGAUGUACAGAUGCAUUUAGAGAGGAAUUGGAACAUUUAUGUGCCAGGAUAUGGUUCAGAUGAGUUGAGGCCAUACAAGAAAGCAGCCACAACAGAAGCUCAUAAGCAGAGAAUGGCAUUGAUAAAGAAAACACUAAAGAAAUUUUAAGUACAGGAAUACCAUUCGUGACUAUUGGAUAUUGUUUAGCAAUUGUAUCUUUAUGGAAAGAUACAUCGCUUUGAAAAAAAAUGGAACGAUAUCAGUUCUACUGAUUUAGCUUACAGUUUAAGUGAAAUGGAAAUAAUUUCAUGGAAGGGGAAGCAUGUUACCUCAUAUGUUACCUCAGCAUGCUUCUUGGAAAGACUUGAUUGACGUUAUGAAUCUGGCAACAUCUUCUUUAUACUUGUGUUUCAAUACUUGACAUUUGUUAAAAAAUAUAAUCUAACUUGUGUUAAUUGCACUUUUUAGCUCACCUUGCCCGAAGGGCCAAAUGAGCUUUUCUCAUCACUUGGCGUCCGUUGUCCGUCGUCGUUAACUUUUUACAUUUUGAACUUCUUCUGGAGAACCACGGAAUGGAAUGAAACCAAACAUGGCAUGAAUGUUCCUUAUGAGGUGCUGACCAAGUGUAGUUACUUUGAAGCCAAUCCAUAUUCCAAGAUGGCAGCCAGCGGUGGACUUGGUUUAGCAUAGGACCCAAUUGACAAUACAAACAAAUGUCUUCUUUAAGAGAACCACUGAAUGGAAUGAAACCCAAACAUGGCAUGAAUGUUCCUUAUGAGGUGCUGACUAAGUGUUGUUACUUUGAAGCCGAUCCAUCAUCCAAGAUGGCCACCAGGGGGGGACAAUGUUUAACAAAGGACCCUAUGGACAAUACAUACAAAUGUGUUCUUUUAGAGAACCACUAAAUGGAUUGAAACCAAACAUGGCAUGAAUGUUCCUUAUGAGAUGCUGACUAAGUGUUGUUACUUUGAAGCUGAUCCAUCAUCCACGAUGGCCGCCAGCGAGGGGACUUCCUUUAACAUAAUACCCCAUGGGAAAUACAUACAAAUGCUUCAUCUAGAGGUGCACUGAAUGGAAUUAAACCAAACAUGGCAUAAAUGUUUCUUAUGAGGUGCUGAUGAAGUGUUGCUACUUUGUUGCUGAUUGACUGUUCAAGAUGGCCACCAGGAUGUUUUAUUAAAUUACAUGGCCAAUAUUAAACCAAAUUUAGCCUCACUCAUUAUUAGGGUAUCUGUUAUGAUUUUAAUCUAUUUUACAUGAUUUCCAAAACCAAAGUAGAAUCAGGUGAGUGACACAGGCUCUUGAGAGCCUCUAGCUUUUUUAUUUCAUAAGAUUUCAAAUUUGUAUUUCAAUUUUAUUGAACUUUUUAUGUAAGAAUUGACAUUUCUAUCGACAAUGUAAAACAAGAAAGCACCUUUUAAAUGUCUUGUGAAAGUAUUGCAUCAUGUCUGUAAAUAAAGUCAUAAAGACCAUUUCAAUAUUUUUUUUCAUACUGUGUUUUAAAGUGGUUUAAAUAGAUUUAAAACCACAGUAAGGCAGUGUAGCUUUGACAGAUUUAUCAUUUGUUGUAAAUUUUAAAUGAUAUAUUUUGUAAUCAUUGUAAAUGAGGUUUGCUUUCAUAUGUAUAUAAUUAAUUAGGUUGGGUCAUUCCAAGUGUUCAGACUGUGGACAAAUAGCACCUUUUUUUUAGAAAACUUGGUAACCAUGUAGGAACCUGUAGUCUGUACACAAUGCAUCAAAUCAUAAUUGAAGUAAUGUCUGCUAUUUUCUUUUUUCUUACAAUUCCAUUAAUUCAUAGUUCUUAAAUGUAUAAAAUAUUUCAUUUAUUUCAAUUCAAACUUUUGACUAUCUCAUCAGCCCGCCCCCUUUUUAGAACCCAUCUAAUUUAAUUAAUAUGAGAUUGGUCUUUGUCCUGGUAUAUGCCAAACCCAUUUACUUUAAUAUAUAAGGCAAGAUAAAAGAAAACUUUACUUUUUGAUAUAUAUAUUUUAUUUCAAAUCAAGAUUUUACAGAAAUAUUUCUAGAUUCCUCUAUACUUUAAAGAGCAUUAUUUUAGAUUCCUCUAUACUUUAAGGAGCAUUAUUUUACAAUAGUAGUUACCACUUUUUGAGCAUGACUUUGAUUUAAUUUAAAAUAAUAUUAAUGCUUACUGUAAAUAGAAGCAGCUUCCAAUAAUGCUUGAAAAACUCUAGAUGGUAAAAAUUAUAAUUUUGUGUGUCUUAUUUGGUAUGUUCUAAAAAAACCAGUACACACUGUAUUUAUCAUAUAUUUUAUUACUGAGAAAGUUAGAAAGGAAGAUUAUAAAGUAAAAUAUUUCCCUCAUGGAAUGCUUAUUUUUUUAACUCAAAAUAUGUCAUGUCAAGGAAUAUGAAACUUUCUUUUAAAGACUUCUAUUAAGAAUAUUUAUAUAUUAAAACAUAUAUUUUCAAGCAAAGCACAAUAAAAAAUCUCAUAGAAAAACAACUGUUGGAAGGCAAACCAUGUGAUGCCUUUUAAAAGAGAAACAUCCUCAUGGUUUAUUUUUUAUUGUUUUCAUAUCAUCAGGGUGUUUCCACACCAACUUGUGUUGUAUUAUGGAUUUUUGCUUUGGAAAUAAACAGAACAAUUGAGUUACAUUACUUCACAUUAAUUGUAGAUCCCUAAGUGAUCAUAUUGUUAGCAGAAAGUUAUACUUGAAAGCAGUGUAUAAUCUUAAGAGGAGCUCAAUUUGUAAAGAGAACCCGAUCAAGUUUAUAUAUAGAAACAGAAAUGUUUAAUAGGAAUCAUGAAUAAUCAUAAUCAUAAAAUGUGGUUACUUCUAAAAAAAAUGUUUGAUUUUAAAUUAAUGGAACUGUUUUGUUUGUUAGACAGUUAGUAUGAUCAUCAUUUAAAUCUGUUUACUUUUGAUAAUUUGAUGUAUGAUUUUCAGUAUCCGUCAUUUCAUAUUCAUUUUAUAGUAAAAAGAAAGAAAUU